AUGACACUCACUAUGGAUAAAUUUCUGAGCGAGAUGGAAAAGGAGAAGCCAAUGAGGUUUACUGAACAGCAUCUAAAAAUUGCGACUGAUAACUAUUCAUACUUGUUGGGGUCAGGAGGUUUUGGAAAAGUUUGUAAGGGAAUAUUCAGUGAUGGAACCAUUGUAGCUGUGAAGAUACUACAUGCGCUUUCUCACGAGAGAAUUGAGGAGCAGUUUAUGGCUGAAGUGGGAACAAUUGGAAAAAUUCAUCAUUUCAACCUGGUUCGGCUCUACGGAUUUUGUUUCGAAAGAAACUUCACAGCACUGGUUUAUGAGUUCAUGGGAAAUGGUUCUCUUGACAAAUUCUUGUUUGAUCGUAACAAAGCCAUAGGUUUUGAAAAGCUUUAUGAGAUUGCUGUUGGGACAGCCAAAGGCAUUGCUUACUUGCAUGAAGAGUGUCAACAAAGAAUUAUCCACUAUGACAUCAAACCAGGAAAUAUUCUCUUGGACAGAAACUUCAAUGCUAAAGUUGCUGAUUUUGGAUUAGCCAAACUCUGCAACAGGGACAAUACUCAUACUACUCUGACUAAGGGUAGAGGGACUCCUGGUUAUGCUGCACCUGAGCUUUGGUUGCCAAAUUUUCCAGUAACUCACAAGUGUGAUGUGUACAGCUUUGGGAUGCUGUUAUUUGAAAUCCUUGGAAGGAGAAGAAACUUUGACAUUGACCUUGCUGAAAGUCAGGAGUGGUUUCCAAUGUGGGUUUGGAAAAAGUUUGAGGCUGAAGAAACAGAAGAAUUAAUAGUAGCAUGUGGAAUGGAGGAUCAAAAUAAAGAGACUGCAGAAAGAAUGAUAAAGGUAGCUCUGUCAUGUGUUCAGUACAAGCAAGAAUCAAGACCUAUAAUGAGUGUUGUGGUGAAAAUGUUAGAAGGUUCAGUUGAAAUUCCAAAACCUCUAAACCCUUUUCCGCAUCUUUUUCAUGAGACUUUUCUACCAGCAUCACAUACCAACACUUAUACAAGUACCUUUCCAGGUUCUUCAGAGAUGAUAACAGAAUCAAGCCAUGAAGCUUCUUCCCCUAUUGAGACAAAGUUGGAGAUUGAAUCAGCCUCUACCUAA